GCAAAGUGAUGAGUGAUAAUUUCUUUUUCACAGGCUGACCAAUGUACAGGACUCCAAGGAUUUUUGGUCUUUCACAGCUUUGGAGGAGGAACUGGCUCAGGAUUUACUUCCUUGCUGAUGGAACGUCUCUCUGUUGAUUAUGGCAAGAAAUCCAAAUUAGAAUUUGCUAUUUACCCAGCUCCGCAGGUCUCCACAGCUGUGGUGGAGCCUUACAACUCGAUCCUCACCACACAUACCACCCUUGAGCACUCAGAUUGUGCUUUCAUGGUGGACAACGAAGCCAUCUAUGAUAUCUGCCGAAGGAAUCUGGACAUUGAGCGGCCAACUUACACAAACCUCAACCGCCUUAUCAGCCAGAUUGUGUCCUCCAUCACUGCCUCGCUGCGCUUUGAUGGGGCUCUGAAUGUAGACCUGACAGAGUUCCAGACCAAUCUAGUGCCCUACCCUCGUAUCCAUUUCCCUCUGGCUACCUAUGCUCCGGUCAUCUCUGCGGAGAAGGCUUACCACGAGCAGCUUUCUGUGGCUGAGAUCACCAAUUCUUGCUUUGAGCCAGCUAACCAGAUGGUGAAGUGUGAUCCCCGCCAUGGCAAGUACAUGGCCUGCUGCCUUUUGUAUCGAGGCGAUGUGGUACCUAAGGAUGUCAAUGCUGCCAUUGCUGCCAUUAAGACCAAGCGCAGCAUCCAGUUUGUAGACUGGUGUCCUACAGGCUUUAAAGUGGGCAUCAACUACCAGCCUCCCACUGCAGUUCCCGGGGGAGACCUAGCCAAGGUUCAGCGGGCAGUGUGCAUGCUGAGCAACACCACAGCCAUUGCUGAGGCCUGGGCCCGCCUGGACCACAAGUUUGAUCUAAUGUAUGCCAAGAGGGCCUUUGUGCACUGGUAUGUCGGGGAAGGGAUGGAAGAAGGGGAAUUCUCUGAGGCUCGGGAAGACAUGGCUGCCCUGGAGAAGGAUUAUGAGGAGGUGGGCAUUGAUUCAUAUGAAGAUGAGGAGGAGGGAGAAGAAUAGCUAUAAAUGCUCUACUUUGUCUGGACCUUCCUGUUCAUUAAAGUAUGCUUGAUUUGAAUCUAAACUACAGUGAUGUGUUUGUCCCAGGCAGAAUUCACACGAAGCAAUUCUAUCUAACGCAAUUUUUGCUCAGCUGCCUAGCAGUUCUGGCUGCCUUACUUGACAAAGGAAAUAGUUACAUUUGUAAACUGAACAGCACAUCUUUU